AUGGGUUUAAGCAGAAGUCUGAUGGAGGUUCGUGUGGUUGACGUCACCCACGAUUGGCAGGAGAUGUGCAAAGGAAUCCAAGGCUACAUCAAAGAGUCGCUGAACCAGGGUAUGCUGGAUGGCUUCGAAGCCAAUGGCAUCAAGUACUACAACAAGUAUGCCACCUUGAAGGAGUUGAUGGGCCAGGGAGGCGUUGAGACGGUCACUGCCAACUACAUCAUGCUAGCGGCCGGGGGUCGGCCCAACCACGGUGGCUAUCCAGGUCAGGGCUUCGAUUUUGGCCAGGGGGGAUGGGCAACAAAGCCUAGAUAG